CUCGCUCUGCUUCGCCAGUUUUGGCGCAAAGGGAGCGGGGUGAGGGAAGGACUGGCUCCGGUUCUUCUCUCUGAGAGCGGGAGCCGUCUUUGUUCUUCCCCAGUUUGCAGGCCUUCCCUUCUCCCCGUAUGCUUCUUCGGGGCUUGGCGCAUUCUCUCUUCUGCCUAGGCCUACCCGUUGGUCUCCGUUCCGUGACGGCUAGCCCUCAGUUUAGCCCAGGAGUAAUAAUAUCCAGGGUCAGAAGCUUCGGGCCCUGGCUUGGUUUUUAGGUUGAUGGAAAAUAGAUGUCUUUUCUCUGUCCUUAAUCCCUUUCCCCAUAUUAGCAGUUCCUCCGCGGCUUCCUUAAUUCUCUGAAAGAUGCUUUUGGUUUCCCCCCUUGCGCUUGUUUUUCUUCUUUCUUACACUCUGUUCUCGGUGAAGUCUUUGUUAUCACAGCUCCUGGUUUUCUGCUUUGUUACAGAAAUUUGUAACUGGCUGUACUAGAGAAAUAAUGAAGGGCCUUUAAUACACAAGGGGUGGGGUGUCACGUUUGUUUUCUAUGGAAUAAGAUUAAAGUUUAGAACUGGUGCAUUAUUUUUUUGGCCUCUUCCCAGAAAAAAGUAGCAGUAAUCUAGCAGAUAAGGGCAGGUUGAUGUGUUUCAGAAAAUAACAGGUAGGCUUGCUAUCAGGCCAAAUUCAUGUAAAUAAUAAUUGUAUAGUUUUCCCCCCACAGGUGUAUCCUUUUAAAUGAUUACUAUUACACUUUGUGUAAUAGCACUUUAGAUGCUGAUACGAUUAAUUGUGCUCUCUCUUUAUCAGUAAAUAAUAUUUCAGCUUGGUUUUUAUUGAUUUUCUAUUUCUAAUUAUUUCUGUAUUUGAUCCUUGUUUGUCAUAAGGACUACUACUACAUUCGUGUCAGAAGGUGUUUCCGGGUUGCAAGAAGGGAUUGUGACAUUUUUGUGUUAUCUUAUAAAAGAUUGAUGAAUUUGAAUUGCUACUGGGUUUUAUUGUUUUCAAAGUGGGCAGUAUUUUUCAAAACAGGUGUCUCAAUCUCAUCUAUUACCUACAUGCUAGUAGAAGAUUUUCUUGAAAACGAAAUAUUCCUAGAGAAGGAAUGCCAACUUUUUUAUCUUGUCAGAAACAUCAAGAAGACAAAGGUUCCCCACAUCUAGGCUUGGGAAGUAAGGUUUCUGUGGAUUGCACAAAAUGCAAGAGUUUCCUCCAUCUGAAAUACUUGCUAGAAAUUUAACAUGGGAAGAGUGGGGAAAUUAAAAAGCUCCAGUAUUGUAUAUUUAGAAUAUCUUACUUUAUCUUUGACAAAUUACUAUUCACUAUUUUUAAUAACGAAAGCAAACAAUCCAGUGUCUAUCUAAACUUGGGAUAGGUAGCUUUAUUUCUCCAAAGGUUUUGAAUUAUAACUGCUAUAAAACCUAUCAUUAUGACCCUAGAAAAAUUAUAUAGAUAAAGGUAUUUUCAACUAACAAAAACAUGUCAUUUUACUAUGUACAGUGGAGUUGUAAAACAGCAAAAAUAUUGGAUACAAAUACAAAUAACCAUGCAAGGAAUAUUAAAGAUUAACAUUCAAAUGAAACCAGAACUUUAUGGAUAGCCAAUUAGAAAAGACUUAUGGGAAACUUUUUUUUUUAACCUGGUAACUUCAGCAAGAUUAUGCUCAAAGUUGGAAAAAUACUGAAAUUACCUAGAGUGGAGAAAUGGAUUGUCAAGAUGUCAGAAGACCUGGCAAAACAAUUAGCUAGUUAUAAAGCUCAGUUACAGCAAGUUGAAGCUGCUUUGACAGGAAAUGGAGAUAAUGAAGAUUUAUUAAAACUCAAGAAAGAUUUGCAGGAAGUUAUAGAAUUAACUAAAGACCUCCUUUCAACACAACCUUCAGAAACUCUUGCAAAUUCUGAUAGUUCUGCGUCUGCCCUCCCCAGUCACACUUGGAAAGUUGGAGACAGAUGUAUGGCAAUUUGGAGUGAAGAUGGACAGUGUUAUGAAGCUGAAAUUGAAGAGAUAGAUGAAGAGAAUGGUACAGCUGCAGUCACGUUUGCAGGAUAUGGUAAUGCUGAAGUCACGCCUCUACUCAAUUUGAAGCCUGUGGAAGAGGGAAGAAAAACAAAGGAAGAUAAUGGCAACAAGCCUAUGUCCAAAAAAGAAAUGAUUGCUCAACAACGAGAAUAUAAAAAGAAGAAAGCUUUGAAAAAGGCCCAGCGUAUCAAAGAACUAGAGCAGGAACGAGAAGAUCAGAAAGUCAAAUGGCAGCAGUUCAACAAUAGAGCAUAUUCAAAAAAUAAAAAAGGCCAGGUAAAGCGGAGUAUCUUUGCUUCUCCUGAGAGUGUUACAGGAAAGGUUGGAGUUGGGACCUGUGGAAUUGCAGACAAACCUAUGACACAAUACCAAGAUACAUCGAAGUAUAAUGUUAGACAUUUGAUGCCCCAGUAAUUAAGGGGGAAAUUGUCAUAUUUGCAGGGCUUUACAUUUAUCUUUUUAUUGUUAUAUUUUUCUAACAGUAAACAAUUGGUGCGUAAUGAAAAUGGUGUUGCCAUCACUUGGCUUUUGCUGGUACAAGCCUUAAUUAUUACAGAUAUUCAGAUGACCCCGUUAUUGUUCUAAAAUUUUGUAUAGAUAUGCACAACUUUGAAUGUUGAAGAAAUACCCUUUGCAAUAUUUUGAAGCCUUCAGUCUGAUAUAGUGUCUUUAUUCAGCCACAUACUGAAAAUACUACCAAGCAAACAAGGAUGUAAUAAAAUAAUUAUCCCAUAUUUUGCUCUUUUUGAUAUCUAACAGUCGUAUUACAUUCCUACAAGAGCAUUAUUAGGUGUUCUUUAUUUGUUCAGAAAUAAUUCAAUUGAGAUAUUUAUUGGGAUUUUACUCUGAUUGAAUAUAGACUGGAAUGUGCUGAUAGGAAGUGUUUUUUAUCUGAAAGAGCAGAAACCUAGAGCUACAAUCUUGGUAAAGAUAACUAGACAGAUUUCAUGCUUAACAAUGACUUUCCUCAAGAUGAGGAAUUGGUCCCAAAUCUCACAUCCUUUCAUUAGUGCUGUAUGAUUCUAUAUCCAUUGCUUUAGCUAGUUAAAGAUAGAUGGAUUCAGACAUGUGAGACUUAGAAAGUAUCAAAAUGUAUCAUAACGUCGCAAGUCACUCCAAACCCGGUACAAGAACUUGGAGAUUCCUCCACCCUAACUACAUAUGAGAUCUUACUAUUUUGUAUGGAGUAGCUUAGAACCAUUCAAAACAUUUUGUUAUAGUUAAAAACUCAUGAAUCAGAGUGAGUUUUCUCUGUGGAGUUAAAAAAUAUUAGGAACUGGAUGAUUUGUACUGCGUUUCUAAAUACCAAAUUUUGUAAGUCUGGAAAAAGGCAGAGAAUCUUUUCAGAAAAAACAUACUUAACACUGGCAAACUGGAAAGUGUGUUUAUAGAAAUUAAAGUUAAUAAGAAUUUAGCUAUGAUCUGUAUAAGUUUUUCUCAGUAAUUUUCAAGGAUGGACUAGCACUUUAAAACUGGGAGAUAUGAAUUAUACACUUGGAAGUAGUUAUUUUCACUGAAAAUGUAAUGGCUUAUUAUGAUGCAGUUAUUUAACGAACAUACUGCAAAAAGUCAUUUAGUGCUUACUCAGUUUUACAGUUGAUCCAGCUAUAUUUAAGUAUAGAUGGUGUUCUAUCCCAAUAAUGCCAUAAUUCAACUGUAUUACUUUAGCUGAACGUUCUUGAUUUUAUUUGGAAAACCACGUGUAAAUGUUCUGGCAUUCUUGUAUCUUCUGGAUGAAAUUGCUUCCCUUCGCUAUGUAUAAUACUUAGGGUAGCAAUGGCAUCUUUUAAUCUUGCAAAUGUGUUUGAGAGAAAAAGUUAAUGUAUAGCCCUGUAUACAGUGUAAAUAAAUAUUUUUGUAAAAUAUGGUGUUAAUGAACAAGAGUGAAUUUAGUUAUUACUCCUUCUAAAUAAUUCAGAAGUAAUUCUUGCUCAUUAAUCUGAAUGCCAUUGCUUAUGUCUGUUACAUUGUAGUUCCCUUUUGUAAUUUGUUUUCUGAAUUAAAAUCAGGUAACAUCAAUACUUGUUGAUACACACUAGUGAAAGUCUGCCACUUUAUCAGCAUUUAAACCCAUAACUAGUAGAUUAUAAUCCACCUAUAGAUUCUUCCCGUCAACAAAAAGGCAAAGUAAUUUUUAUUACUGUGUUGAUCUCAGUUUUGUAUGUAACUUUUAUUAAAAUAAAGUGUUUAAAAUUUG